UCCCUAUCUCCUCUUGCUUCCCCGUCCCCUGUCUUCACCAAAAUCACAAACUCUCUCGCUCUUUCUUUCUCUCUCUCUCUCUAACACAUGAGAGAACAAAAUCAGCUCACAAUCUCAGCCGUUGAUUAUAUAGCCACCGUAGAUGGAGAACACUCAAGAUUUCUCGCCGCCGCAUAUCGACGCUUCUCGGCCGUCACUGGGAUUCCCUCUCGGCACAGCUCUGCUUCUCAUAAUCAUUUUCAGCCUCUCCGGAAUAUUCUCUUGCUGUUAUCAUUGGGACAAACAUCGCUCUAUCCGCCGUUCUUUGGCCAAUGCCUCCGGUCACCCCUCCGCCGCCUCCGCCGACAUAGAGUCCUCUCCGUUCAAACCUAAACCCUCUUUUCCGGAUUUGAAGAAAAACCAGAAUCUGAGCGUACCGGUGUUGAUGCCUGGAGAUAAUACGCCGAAAUUUAUAGCAUUGCCGUGUCCCUGUGCACCACCUCGGCCGGAGAAGCUUAUCGUCGAUGUCCAAAGUCCGCCGCACUCGCCGCCUGUUAAGCCGCCGCGUUUUCCCGUUCCUCUGUAUUAGAUUUAAUUAGCUAUAAGAUAACAGAAAAAGGAGGAAACAAAUUGUCGAAUAUCUUGGUUUGAUGUACAUAUGGAUCAUAAAUUACAUUCUAAUUUUUUUCACUGAUUA